AUGAGUUCUGUACCUAAUACAGAAGAUGUUGAUUCAAAUUAUAUAUUGUCUUUAAUUGAUGGAUUUCGUUGUUCACAAACUUUAUUUACUGCUGUUAAUUAUAAAUUAUUUGAUCAUUUAACAACACAAGAACUUUCAUUAGAAGAAUUAGCAAAUAAACUUAAUAUAUAUCAUUUAUCAUCAUUAGAACGAUUUUUAAAUGCUUGUAUAUCUCUUAAAUUACUUAAACAAGAUAAAAUAAAUAAAAAAUAUUCUAAUACACAAUUAAGUAAUAAAUAUCUUGUUUCAACAAGUCCAAUAACUCUAAAUGGAUAUAUUAAUCAUAAUAAUCAAUCAUCAUAUUUACUUUGGUCUAAACUUUCAAAUGCAAUAGAAGAAAAUACAUCACAAUGGCAACAAACAUUUAAAACAAUAGAUGAAGAUAAAUAUACAUUUAAUGCACAUUAUCGUGAUGAUAAUGCUGAAACAAUAUUUAUGUCAGCUAUGCAUGGAUUAGGUUUAAUUUGUUUUCCAAAUAUAAUUGCAUCAAUUGAAAAUUUUCAACAAUAUAAAACAUUUUGUGAUCUUGGUGGUGCUACUGGAUGUUUAGCUAUGACUGCUUGUGAAGCAAAUUUAAAUUUACAAGCAAUUAUUUUUGAUCUUCCUCGUAUAGAAAAACAUGCUAAUCAAUAUAUUAAUCAAACAUUAUCAAAUAUUCGUAAUCGUAUACAUUUUCAAAGUGGUGAUUUUUUUAAUGAUUCACUUCCUCAAGUUGAUCUUUUUGGUCUUGGACGUAUUUUACAUGAUUGGAAUGAUGAAAAAUGUGAAUUAUUAUUAAGAAAAAUUUAUCAAACAUUACCAAAAAUAAAUGGUGCUAUAUUAAUUGCAGAAAAAUUAUUAAAUGAAGAUAAAUCAGGACCAAUAACAGUUAAUAUGCAAGAUUUAAAUAUGCUUGUAGCUACAGUUGGAAGAGAACGAACAUGUUCAGAAUAUAAAGAUAUGCUUGAAAAAGUUGGUUUUAAAAAUAUUAAAUGCAUACACACUGGAGCAUAUCUUGAUGCAAUUAUUGGUUAUAAAUUAAAUUAA